AUGGGAGGUCCUUCGCUCACACCACAGAAUGAAACCCUUGGCAGAAUUUGGGAGAAUGACAGGAAGUACCUCCAUGUGAACAGCUCUGCUGUGAACGUAUCAGUUAACCCAUCAACCAUAACAUAUCCAAUGUCUGUCACACCUGAAAUCGCGCCAAAUUGGGUUUAUGCCAGUGCAGAGACCAUGGGAGAUGCAAAUGUUCCCAUUGUGAACUUCAAUCAACGUUACGUGGGUUUCGCCCCUUUUAAUUACGGAACUGCAAAUAGUUCAACUUCUGUUCUUGGUUACUUCUGCGAUGUCGUCAACCCAACUUGCCAGUCUUACCUGAUCUACAGAUCUCAGCCCCCAUACUAUAACAUCGUUUCUUCCAUCUCUAAGCUCUUUAACUCUGACCCGUCUCAGCUCGCCCAGAUUAAUUCGGUCUCUGAGAAUGAGAACUUCGAAACAAACAAGGAGGUGAUUGUUCCUGUCAAUUGUUCCUGUUCCGGUCAGUUUUCUCAGGCAAACACUAAUUAUAGUAUUCGACAAGGUGAUCAGUUUUCAAAGAUCACUAACGACACCUUACAAGGCCUUUCUACCUCUCAAGCUACCCAGAAUCAAAACCCCAACGUUUCGACUUUGAACCUUAAUAUUGGCCAAAUGAUUACUAUACCCCUUCGGUGUGCUUGCCCUAUCAAAAAUCAAAGUGAUGCUAGCAUCAAAUAUCUACUCAGUUACACAAUCGCUCAGGGUGAUUCUCUUUCCGCUAUAAGUGGGCAGUUUCAAGUUUACUCCAUGGACAUCCUUGCAGCUAAUGAGCUUUCUGACCCUCCUACCAUUUAUCCGUUCACAACCCUCCUUGUUCAAAAUUCUUAA